AGUGACAGAAACCCUCACUGAUUAAAACCGGUGUAGCACUCUUACAGCUUUCUGUCCAGAGAGAUCUCAGGACCGCUGAAGCAGAAGAUGUUGAGGCGAAGGCCUUCCAAUGCCUCGGAGAAGGAGCAGGUGCAGGUACAAAAGAAGAAGCUCACUCUGCAGAGGUCCAGCAGCUUCAAGGAUUUUAUGAAGCACAAACCCACCUCUCCUGUUGUGUCAGAAAAGGAGUUUACCUUGGAGGAGAAUGUGGCAGAGUGUGUAACAGCAGAAGAAGCAGUAAAAAGCGGCAGCAAAUUGGGCAAGAAAUGGCGCAACGUCAUCUCACGUACCAUGACCCGCAAAACAUCCAAGAUGGUGCAGAAGGCUCUGGCUGAGGAGGGGGGUGAGAGCGGUGAGGAUCUGUCUCCGGUCUCUCCUGACUGGCUUCCAGAUCUGAGCGCAGGACAGAGGACGUCUGUGUGCUCCACAGGGUCAGAGGACACCGCGCCUGGCCCCUUCACCCGCCAACUCUCAGGCAGCAGCGACAGACAGAGCUUGGACAGUGGAUACUGCCAGAGGGACAGCAUGAGACUGGAGGAGAACGGCCUCUCUUACAACGGACCUUUCUGUGGUCGCGCUCUGGUUCACACUGAUUUCACGCCCAGCCCCUACGAUGUUGAGUCGCUCAAACUUCAAAAAGGAGACAUCAUCCACAUCAUUGAGAAGCCCCCUGUCGGGACCUGGACAGGGAAGCUCAACAACAAAGUGGGCUCCUUUAAGUUCAUCUACGUAAACCUGCUGCCAGACAGCCCCCCCUCCAAGAGAAGACACCGCAACAGCAAGAUCGGCCGAGCCAAGUCCAAACCCAAGACCCUGGAGGAGGUGCUGGACACCAUCGGUCUUACUGAGCUGAGUUCUUUGCUGUCCAUGCACGGUUUCCAGAGCCUGGAAGACUUUGCAGGACUGAAGGAAUCUCACCUUAACGAGCUGAACAUCACCGACCCCGAGCAGCGCUCCAAGAUCCUGAAUGCCUCUGAGCUGCUGAGAGACUCUGAAGAAGAGUCAGAGCCAGAAGAGGAAGACAGAUCUGUGGAGGACACCAAGGAGCCGAGGGAUUCAGGCUGCUUCGAGAGCUCGGAGAACCUGGAGAGUGGACGUGAGGAGCCAAAGACAGAGGAAGACCUCCAAGAUGAAGCAUCAGAGGAGGAGACAAACCAGGACAAACACGAGCAGGAUUCAGAACAGCGAGAGGAGAACCAAACAGAGCAGCUGGAUGCCCUGCAGGAGGAGCUGCAGGAGCUGACGGUGGACGAAGGAUCUUGAAAAAGUGGUGGAAAAAUAGUCAAACUUCUUUUAUUCCUGGUUCUCAGGGACUCUGUGGACGGAGGUUUUGUGCCAUUAAGAACGUCUCCUCAAUAAAAGAGAGCGGUCUUGUGAUUUGAACACAAUGUGAGGUUGAAAUAUUGAAUGAACAUGAUGGUCACCGUUUUACUCACUUUGCUUGAACUGUUGGGCAAGCAGCACAACUGGUCUCCAUCAGCCACAGCUGGGUUCACUGUUUGUGAUGUUAUAUUGUAGGAAUUAUGAUGUUUCCUACUGAGGAUUGUAUGUGCGGUGUGAAUGAAGGUACCAAGCAUGAAGCAUUUAAAGGUUUUCUUUCUCUUCAGUAUGACCCUGUCCUAAAUAUGUUCAUGUUGUGCAGGCUUCUACAAAUAUGAAUGUAAAAUAUUUUCAGAUGUUUUUUCAUGUGCCUUGAAUUGUAACUUUCAGUGGUUUGCUAUUGCUUACAUGUUAUGAGGUACGCUACAGUGAUUUCUGUCACAUGCGAUCAUGGGGAUGUCUGUACCUGUGCUGUAAAUAGAAUUUGAAUAAAAAAAAAUCAGUGACA